AUGCGCCGUUGGCGGUACUGCUGCGGCACUGCUGCAGCGCUGCUGCGGCUCGGGGGCGGUGGCAAUCGAAUGCUGCACGCAGCGCAUCAGCCGCAACUGGUGAGCCACGCGGUGGCGGAGUUACACAACCCGCUAAUGGAGCUGCUUUACGAUGUCGGCAGCGAUGUGUGCGGUGGCGGCUGCGCACACCGCUCAGCGACCGCACUCCGGCGCACGCGACGCCACCCGCCGCCUACACCACCCAACAUGGACGCGAUCCCAGUCUUGAUGGUGCUGCUUGUAGUGAGCAGUGCAUCGACGACGGACACUGAGCGGCGCCCGGCCCAGCAGCCGGUCAAGAGGCAGGUGCUGGGCGCGGCGGUGCUGGGCGCGACCCCGCUGGGCGCACUGGGCGCGCCUCUUGCCCCCCUGAGCGCGCCGCUCACUCCCCUGGGCGCGCAAGGCACGCCCCUCGCGCCGCUGCGCCCCGUCGCCACCUCCAUCGCCAUCGACCCCAACCCCGUGCUGCUCCGCCAAGAGGUGCCGCGGUACAUCACCAGGACCAUCACGCACAAUAUCCAGGUCCCAGUAGCGGUGCCGGUGGACCGUCCGGUGGUGGUGCCGGUGCCGCGGCCGUACCCGGUGGCCGUGGACCGGCCCGUGCCGGUGGACCGCCCGGUGCCGGUGGACCGGCCCGUGCCCGUGCCGGUGGUGCACCGCGUGCCGGUGGAGGUGACGCGGCACGUGCCGGUGUACUACGAGCGGCGCGUGCCAGUGCCGUACGCGGUGCCGGUGGAGCGGCCCGUGUACGUGGAGCGCGCUGUACCGGUGGCCGCGCCCGUGCCCGUGCCGGCGCCGGUGCCGGUGGCUGCGCCCGCGCCGCUGCUCCCCGCCGGCCUCUUCCCCAACGACCUGGCCAACUCCAUCGCUUUAUCCAACUCCGGUGCCAUAUUAAACGGUCGUUGAGUCGAUCGUACGUUUAAUGCUUAAGUAUUUAUCAGUGUAUUGAUAUUCUAAAUAAAGUUGAAUGCAAG